UUAGCUCCGUAGCCGGACGAGGGACGGAGCAGCCGGGGAAACGGAGGACUAAACGCAGAGAAGUGGACGAAAUGAACGACGGAGGACCGCAGUGACCGGACAGCGAGUCUGCCGUCGAAAAAAUCUGUUUCACGAGGACCAUGCAAUCAUUCCUCGCCUGCCUCCGCCGUUAGAGUUGUGUGAGUGUGUGAGAGUGUGUGUUUGUGAGUGAGCGAGCGAGCGAGCGAGCGAUCGUGAUCCAGGAUGGGAUUUGGUCGGGAUCUGAGGAAUUCCCACGAGGGGUUAUUGAAACUGCAGGACUGGGAGUUAAAGCUGCUGGAGACGGUGAAGCGCUUCAUGACAUUGCGAGUGAAGAGCGACAAAGAGUACGCCGCUCUGCUGCUCAGCAUGACCCAACAAACUGAGAAACAGGAGGCUGCUGAUUACGUCAGCACUGUCAGUAAGUCGUGGUCUCAGGUGAUUCGUCAGACGGAGGCUUUGGGUCGAGUCAUGAGGAGUCACGCUGAUGAUCUGAACUCUGGUCCUCUGCACCGCCUGGCAACACUGAUCCGAGACAAGCAGCAGGUGAAGAAGAGCUACCAAAGUCUUCAUCAGCAGCUGGAGAGCCACAAUCAUAAGGUGACCAGGAGUGACCUGGACAAACUGAAGGCGACAUAUCGUCAGCUGAGCCGCGACGCCAACAACGCCAAAGAGAAAUACAGAGAAGCUCUGGCUAAAGGCCGGGAGGCGGAGCGUGCCCGCGAGCGUUAUGACAAAGCUACGGCUAAGCUCCACAACCUUCACAACCAGUACGUGUUGGCGGUGUGCGGCGCUCGAACGCAGCAGGACGAACACAGGCGGCGCGCUGCACCUGCGCUGCUCGAUGCUCUGCAGAGGAUGCAGGAGGAUAUGACACUUGCCCUUAAAAGUAUCCUGGAGGAGUACUGUGAGAUCAGUAGUCUGUUGACGGAGGAGAUCGUUAAAGUUCAUCAGGAGAUAUCAGCAGCUGUAGAGCAGAUCGACCCUCUGGCAGAGUACCAACACUUCAUAGACGCCUACAGGUCUCCAGAGACUCCCGAAGCGAACGUGGAGUUUGACGCGUCUCUGUUAGAGGAGACGGACAACCUGCCGGCCAACGAGAUCCUCUGGAACACGCUUACGGCCGACAGCCUGCAGGCCAUGUUGUCGUCGGCGACGGAGGAGCUGAUGCUGACUCAGCAGAAUCUGCGGACAAAGGAGGCAUUGGCCGACGACCUCGAUAGCAAGAUACAGACGAGUCAGCAGAGUACCGAGAGGAAGAGCGACUGUGUCCUGCUGCUCAGUCAAAAACUGUCCCUCCUGGAGCUUCAUCACGCCGUCCAAUCACUGCGCGGCUCCGAGGCCCGUCUCGCUUCUCAGAAGGCCCUGCUGGAUGCCAAGAUGGCCACUGCCUCUCCGCCCCCACCGCCGCCGCCCCCUGCGCUGCCGUACGAGGAUGACGCCCGUUCUGUCGGAUCGACCGAUAGAACGAAGGAGAGGAGCUCCAGGUUUGACACUCUGCGUCACUCUCUGGCCGGAAUGAUUCGGUCUCCUAAAGCCAUGCUGGGUUCCUCCACCUCGUUCUUUGAUGUGAUCCCAACAUCGGAGCGCCCCCUAGCGGAGCAGGAGUGGUAUCAUGGGGCCAUCCCCCGCACAGAGGCUCAGGAGUUACUACGGCAACAGGGAGACUUCCUGGUGAGAGAGAGUCACGGCAAACCGGGCGAGUACGUCCUGUCAGUGUUUUCUGACGAGCAGAGACGACACUUCAUCAUCCAGUAUGCCGAUAGUCAGUACCGUUUCGAAGGAACGGGGUUCUCCACCAUCCCUCAGCUCAUUGAGCAUCAUUUCUCCACCAAACAGGUCAUCACCAAGAAGUCUGGAGUUGUGCUGCUCAACCCUGUUGUCAAGGAUAAAAAAUGGAUCCUGAACCACGAGGACGUGGUGCUGGGGGAGCUGCUGGGAAAGGGUAACUUUGGCGAGGUAUUUAAAGGGACGCUGCAGCGCGACAAAACACUAGUCGCUGUCAAAACGUGUAAAGAAGAUUUACCUCCAGAGCUGAAGAUCAGGUUCCUGUCUGAGGCCAGGAUUCUGAAGCAGUACGACCACCCGAACAUUGUGAAGCUGAUAGGUGUUUGCACGCAGCGACAGCCAAUUUACAUCGUGAUGGAGCUUGUUCCUGGUGGAGACUUCCUUUCCUUUCUGAGGAAGAAGAAGGAUGAGUUAAAGACGAAACAGCUUGUUCGCUUCUCUGUAGAUGCUGCUGCCGGCAUGGCGUACCUGGAGAGUAAGAAUUGUAUCCACAGGGACCUGGCAGCUAGGAACUGUUUGGUAGGAGAGGGCAGCGUGUUGAAGAUCAGUGAUUUUGGGAUGAGUCGUCAAGAAGACGAUGGUAUUUAUUCUUCAUCUGGACUCAAACAGAUUCCGAUCAAAUGGACGGCUCCAGAGGCUCUCAACUACGGUCGUUACAGCUCAGAGAGUGAUGUGUGGAGUUACGGGAUCCUGCUUUGGGAGACCUUCAGUCUGGGGAUCUGUCCUUAUCCUGGGAUGACCAAUCAGCAGGCUCGAGAGCAGGUGGAGAAAGGUUACAGGAUGGCGUGUCCGCAGCGUUGCCCUGAUGAUGUGUAUAAAGUGAUGCAGCGGUGCUGGCAGUACAACCCUGAAGACCGACCCAAGUUUUCUGAGCUCCAGCGAGACCUCGCCGCCAUCAAGAAGAAGUGAUGACGUCAUCACACACCUCGCUGCCAUCAAGAAGUGAUGACGUCAUCACACACCUCGCUGCCAUCAAGAAGUGAUGACAUCAUCACACACCUUGCUGCCAAUCAAGAAGUGAUGACAUCAUCACACACCUCGCUGCCAUCAAGAAGUGAUGACGUCAUCACACACCUCGCUGCCAUCAAGAAGUGAUGACAUCAUCACACACCUUGCUGCCAUCAAGAAGUGAUGACAUCAUCACACACCUUGCUGCCAUCAAGAAGUGAUGACAUCAUCACACACCUCGCUGCCAUCAGGAAGCAAUGACAUCAUCACACACCUCACCACCAUCAGGAACUGAUGACGUCAUCACACACCUCGCCACCAUCAGGAAGUGAUGACGUCAUCACACGGAAAAAGUUUCAAAAAAAGACGACUUAAAUUGAGCCAAUACUUCAGAGACCAAAGUUUUCAUCGCGUCUGCAGGUUUUUAGGAUUUUUUGAAACAUGGCUGAAAUGUGCUGAUGAUUGAACGUCAGCACAGGCGGAGCAUGUCUGUUACCGUCACAAAGCACUCCAAAGUAAUAAAGUUAGCAUUUAAAAUCAGACAUGAUGAAAAUAUAGGUGCAGCGUCCUGAUGUCGAUGCUAAUCUGUUCCUGCUGCAGACAGUUAGCAUUUGGUAUUUAGCUGUCUGAGCUCACUGAACUACAGCGUAAAGGUGACCAAACACUACGUAGGUUUUACUGUCAGGUGCUAAUGAAGCGUACAGGUUAGCAUGGAUGUAGCUAGCUAUGUUAAAAUGUUGAGAUGAAAUCACCAGCCGUGACGCCUGUCAACAUGUUGACGUUCGCCCCAUGAGUACUCAGUACUCAUUGCUAUAUUAUUACAUGAGUACUGAGUACUCACUGUUACAUUAUUACACGAGUACUGAGUAUUCACUGCUACAUUAUUACAUGAGUACUGAGUACUCCUUAUUACAUGAAUACUCAGUACUUGUUACUACAUUAUUACAUGAGUACUCAGUACUCAUGGGUCGGGUGUGUGAACAUGUUUGUAUCAACACGUUUCUCAUAUUGAUGAUGAACUGAUUGGUUUCAUAUCAGAUGCUCAUUUCCAGCAAACUCUAAAAUGUUUUUCUUUAUUUCUUCUUUGCUCUGACCUUCGUGGGCUCAGCCAAUAACCUUUGACCCCUGCUUGAGCUGUCAGAUGGAGGAAUGGCUGACCUCAGGUGACCUGGUGAAAUGUGAGCGCGUUUGAACUUGGCCCUCAGUCGACAUGACUCGGAGCUUUAAGUAACUCGCUAAUCCAACAAGCACUUCGUUAAAAAGUCAGACUUUAAGCCACGCCCCCGUCAAGCAACAUCUUGAACACUAAAAUUAUUUCCACUGCUAAGGACCACUGUUAACACUAACACCAGUUUUGUUUGCUCGUUUUUACCUUUACAGUUUUUUAUUUAUUGUUUUUAUCAGUUUUAUUUCUCAGAUUUUCUGUCCAAAAAUGUGUAUCUGAAGGAAAACUGACCUUUAUUCUAAAAAAACAGACCAGGCUCAUUUUUUUUUGUAAAGGAAUUUUUUGUGACCAGCUUGUGAUUUGGAGUAUUUUGUUGUCAAAUAGAAAAUAAAAAAAAAAAUAAUGAUAAUGUCCCUGAACAUUAAAAAAAUGAAAAACAAAUAUUAUUCAGAAAAGGGGGAAGUGAAAAUCUUUGCUUUAAUGCAGUGUUUUAAAUUCCUUAAAGCAAAAUUUAAUCCACGUUUUUUUAAACCAAAGUAAAAAAUUCAUCCAAUCAAACAGCUCCAAAACAAUUCAAUUUUAAACAAAUAAAUGACAUCAUCAGCACUAACUCGUAUAUUUCCUGGUUAUCAUGUUAACUGAAACAAUGUAGAACCACUUGAAAGUGUUUUAAAAAGAAAGUUUUAAUAUAAAUAUGUAUAAACUCUAUAAACAUCACUUCCUGGACUGUGUGAGGGCAGAGCCUAAAUGUUCGUGAUGUCAGAGCUCCAGAGCGCUCCCUACUGUUACUGUAAAUAAAUUCAAGAUGAUGUUUGUUUUUUCUUUCGUUCUAAAUCUUUGUUUUUAUAGUCUUUUUUUCAAACACUAAUUGUCUGUCUUUUAUAUUUGAACUCUUUAUAAAAAUACUAUCGUAGCAUUUAUUAUGAAAAUAAAACAAAUCAUUCAGA